AUGGCGACCAGCAGCACCAAGGCCACCAAGGUGCAGGUCAACCGCCUCCCAGCACCUGCACUCUUCGUCGGGCCCCCCUCGCGCAAUGCCUCCAACACCUCCCUCCUCUCGCCCACCGAGCCGCGCAGCCCGGCCAAAGCGCCCCUGGUGCGCCAACGCUCGCUCCUCUCCCCCGACACCAAGCGUCCGCUGCCCCCCACAACCGACUCCUACGACGGCGACCACCUGAGCCUGAUCGCGUCCAACUCGACCGGCACGGCGCCCUUCGGGCGGCGCCAGCGCCAGCACAGCCUCGCGGCCGACGCGGCCGCCUCGUCGCGCGCCGACGCCGUCUGGGCCGAGAUGCAGAACACGCUGGAGGAGGUCGAGCUGAGCGCGAUCAAGGGCCCGGGGAUGACGGUGUUCGGCACCGAGCGGUCGCGCGCGCUGGACGAGCUGCGGCGCGCGCAGAUCGAGCUGGCGCAGGCGUGGGCGCGGUCCGAGGACGGCGGCGCCGCGGUCGACGGCGCGCGAAGGCUGUCCGAUGCAGCGUCGCUGGCGCCGCCGGCCAUGCCGAGGCGCCCGCGCGGCGGGUCGAGUCCGGGCCGCGGCGACAAGCUGGUCGAUCGGAUUAAGCUGGAGGAGGAGACGGAGCGGGACAUCGAGCUGAGCCGCAAGCGGCGCGAGGAGAACGACCGGUACUUUGAGACGGUCAACAGGGGCGUGCAGGACGUGGUUGUGCGGCUGGAGGAGGUGGCCAGGGCGAUGCGGGAUGUGGAGAACGAGAGCAAUGAGAUCUGGGGCCGCAGCGAGGACGGGACGGCGAGUGUGCGCUCCACGCCGAGUCUCAGAUGACCGUGCAAUAAUGGUACAGUAAUCAAUAUCAUCCUCGAAAUCAAUGUCACCCUAGUAAUCAAUAUCACCAACGUGCCAGAG